AUGGAAGAAGAAGAAGGUGGUGAAAUUUUAAAAGGCGAAGUAAAGAUUAAGAGUUCAGGUGAAGAAUUCUUUGAAUUUUUCUGGAAACAAACUUACAAAUUACCCAAAAUUAACCCACAAAGAAUUCGAAGUAUUCAAUUACUUGAAGGUCACUGGGGAAAACAGGGUGCUGUUCUUCUUUUUCGAACCAUUCGACCCAGCGGAGAGCUUCGUAGUUCAAGACGAGUUAUAGAAGUGUUAAACUAUAAGAAGAAGAUAGCAGUUGUGAACGCGGUUGCAGGAAAUCUACUAAACGAAUACAAGUACUUAAAGAUUAUUCAACACGACGUUCCUAAAAACGAAGUGAAAUAUAUGAUCGAGUUCGAGAAGUUGAAUGAUGAAGUUCCAGAUCCAAUUAUACUAAUGGAAGGUAUAAUUGAAACCACAAAACUGGUUGAUGAAUAUCUUAUGAAGAACAAAUGUGAAUCCACAAUCUAUAAAUAA